AUGUCUAUGAAUUGUUUUAAUUCACACGAAAAUGCAAGGGACUGCGAGAAGGAAACAAUUACGACGACAGAAUAUCAUGAAUCUGAACAACCAGACGUGAAAGCUAUACGAAAUUUCAAAUUCUUCAAGAUGGAUGAGGCAGAAACUAAAAACAAUUCAAACUUGCAAAUUUCAAAUUUGUCUCCCCUUGAUUCACAGUCAGAGCCCCCUUCAGUCCUAAGCUUGAAUCAUUCAACAAUACCAGAACAAUAUGAACGAAGUCAAGGCACUCCCGACCCACUACACACGCCAGAAAUUUCAUUGAGCGAUUAUUUAUAUGACCAAACAUUAAGUCCCCAAGGCUUUGAUAAUAGCCGUGAAAACUUUAACAUCCAUCAAACUAUCGCCAGUUUAUUUGAAGAUAAUUCGUCAGUUAUAUCGCAAGAAUCUGUUGAAGACACCAAAACAACACUAUCACUGGAAACAACUGAUAACCUAUCGUUAAGUAAUGCAUCAUAUUUGACUAACAUUAACUUUGUACAAAAUCAUUUAGAAUACCUUAGUCAAAAUUUCCUGGGAAAUCCCUCUUCCAAUGGGUUGCUGCCGUCAUCAUCAUCAUCAUCACAGAUAGAUUUUGAUGCCGCAAAUUUGACACCCGAAUCAAUACCAGGGUACAUUCUCAACAAGAAGUUUGGCCCAGUACACCAACUGACCGACCUGGUAUACAAUGCCAUCAAGGUUGCUCAAAACAAGACAAACGAUUUCCAUAGCAAUGCUGUCGCUAGUCAAAAACCAUUAGAUUUGAAUUCUAAAGUAAUAGUGAGACUAUCACCUAAUAUUUUUCAUAACCUAUCACUUUCGCGUUUUCUCAAUGAAUGGUACAUAUUAUCUGGGAAACACAGCUCGAAGAAACAUAGAGUAUGGUCCAAUGAAUCUCUUACUAAUGAAUAUGUACAGAAGAAAACAAUCCCCAUAUUUGAUAAAGAAGAUGCCCGUUUCAGGCCAACUUUGCCAUUAAAUAUACCUGGUGUCUUGUACCCGCAAGAGAUUUUAAACUUUCGUGUGAACAGCGAUGAUUAUCCACUUAAACAGGCCUCACCGUCCACUAAUCAGAAAAGGUUUGCCAUGGUAUACCCAGACAACGAUUAUAAGACCUUCAAGCAGCUCAGCAUGCUCGCUGUGUAUGAACAACAAACUAGACAGGGGUCAUUUUCCUCCGACGAGGCACGACGAAAAUCCAGCAGCGGUUUUAAUGUAGGUGUCAAUGCACCCACCAUUGAAGCUGGGUCUUUGGAUUCUUUAGGUACAUUGAUGCAGAAUCACCAUCUAGGAACAAAUUCAACCAACGGAGAUCCACUUCAUUCAAAACUAGCAAAGUUUGACUAUGAGAUCAUUAAGCUGCCCAUGAAAUUAAUAGAAGUUUUGACGGAUAUAAUGAGAGUUGUCGAAACAAUUAGUGUUAUUCACGAACUAGGAUUUGUUCACAAUGGGCUAACUAGCAAUAAUUUGUUAAAGUCAGAGAAAAACGCCAGAGAUAUCAAAGUCACUGGAUGGGGGUUUGCUUUCAGUUUUUCUGAAAAUUGUAGCCAUGGUUACAGAAAUAAACACUUGGCUCAAGUUCAAGAUUUGAUACCUUACAUGGCACCUGAGGUGUUGGCCAUUACAAAUUCGGUUGUAGAAUACCGGUCGGACUUCUACUCGUUGGGGGUAAUAAUGUAUGAGUUAAUAUUAGGUACUUUGCCAUUCAAAAAUAGCAAUCCACAGACAUUAAUUAGAAUGCACAAUUUUGAAAAGCCAAUAGCUCCCAGUAUGUUGGCACCAAGUUGGAUUUCAGAAAAAUUGAGUAGCGUUGUUAUGAAAUUGUUAGAGAAGAAUCCACGCAACAGGUAUAGCGAUUGCCACUCAUUGCUCCAUGAUUUGACUGAAGUUAAGAAUAUGUACAUUAGCAAAUUAUUGGAAUCAGGAGAAAGUGGUCAAACUGGUAACCUCAAUUUAAGUGAUCAGCAAUACUAUUUGGCUAAAGAGAUUGUACCACAUCCUGAGAAAAUGGGAGUCAUCCCUGUGCUUGGAUUGAGAGAGCAUUUCAUUGGAAGAGGAGAUUUUUUGCAAAAUGUUACUGAAACCUACAACAGCAAUCAGAAUGGGGUUGAUUUAGUUUUUAUAUCUGGCGAAAGCGGGAGAGGUAAAUCGUUAAUACUACAAGAUCUCCAAGCAGGGGCAGUUUUGAAACACAAUUUUUAUUACUCCUGGAAGUUUAGCUUUUUUGGAGCAGAUACUCAUGUCUACCGGUUUCUUGUUGAAGGUGUUCAAAAGAUAAUAACUCAAAUUUUAAACUCUUCAGAAGAAAUUCGAAAUACAUGGAGAGAUCUAAUUUUGACACACAUUCCUAUAGAUUUAAGCAUAUUGUUUUAUUUGAUCCCUGAAUUAAAAGUACUAUUGGGGAAAAAAUACACUUCUAUUUACCAACAUAAAGUUGGAAUGGGGACGCUGAGAAAUACUCUCAAAGAAAACCAAACAUUGAGACUCGAAAUUAAAUUGAGACAAAUUCUAAAGGAGUUUUUCAGACUCAUUGCUAAACAAGGUUUGUCGAUUUUUUUGGAUGAUGUGCAAUGGUGUUCAGAAGAAUCAUGGAGAUUGUUAUGUGACGUUUUAGAUUUUGAUUCAUCUGGAGAGGCAAAAGAGGGUGUUAGCAUUAAAGUAGUAGUGUGCUAUGCCUUGAAUGCGGACCAUUUAGAGAAUGUUGAUACAGAACACAAGAAAGUUUCCUUUUGCCGAUAUGCCAAACAAAGUAACUUGAAUUUGCAUGAGUUUAAUAUACCCCAUAUCCCACUAGAAGAUGCCAUCGAUUUUUUGUGUGAGCCAUACGUGAAACUGGACUACCGAUUGAGCGGCGAACAUUUGAAUCUAGUUGAUAAUUUAAAUGACACAAAUAAAAACCCCAACGACAACCUUAAAGCUAUCCCCACGAUAAUUCAAGAGUUAUAUCAAUCCUCAGGCGGAAAUGUUUUACUAUUAGUUUUUUUGACAAGAAUGACAAAACUAUCUGGAAAAGUUCCAUUCUCACACUUUUCUAACAGAGAUUCACAUUUAUAUGACUAUUUACUGAAUAACAAUUACGGAUCCACUAGAAAUGAGAUUCUUGCAAAUUAUUUGAAUAUGGGAACCAGUUCAGACGCAAGAGCCUUGCUUAAAAUCGCCGCGUUAAUUUCCAGUGGGUCAGGGUUCUUUUUUUCAGACUUAAUUGUCGCCACAGACUUACCGAUGGCUGAAACAUUCCAGCUAUUACAGAUAUGUAUUCACUCGAGAAUAAUUGUUCCCACUAGCACAUAUUACAAAGUGCCUAUGGAUUUAAUAGCUUCUGACCAGACUCCAUUUGAUUUAACAGAUGAUAAUAUUUGGAAAUUGGCAACUUUAUGCAGCUACAAGUUCUUUCACGAUUCUAUUUGUACUCAUAUCAUUAAAGAAUUGAACGCCAGUGGCGAGUUCAAAGAACUUUCUAGACUAUGCGGAUUGAGGUUUUACAAUACCAUUACAAAGGAACGUCUACUAAAUAUUGGUGGCUACCUUCAAAUGGCUACUCACUUUAGAAACUCAUACGAGGCAGCAAGGCCGGAAGAAAACGAAAAGUAUGUCGAAGUGUUAGUCCAGGCAGGAAGAUAUGCCAUAUCAACUUAUAAUAUGAAAUUGUCUCAAUGGUUUUUCAAUGUUGUUGGUGAAUUGGUAUAUAACCUUGAUUCAAAAACUCAGUUAAAAUCCGUAUUAACAAUAGCCGAGAAUCAUUUUAAUUCUUGCGAAUUUGAACAAUGCCUAAAUGUUGUUGAAAAUGCACAGAGGAAAUUUGGUUUUGACAGGUUGAUAUUUUGCAUUCAAAUAAUUCGUUGCAAAAUUGAGCUAGGUGAUUAUGACGAGGCAAACCAAAUUGCAAUUGAAUGUCUUCAAGAAUUAGGUGUUCCAUUAAAUGAUGACGAAUGUGUAGGCAAAAACCUGUUUGAAACGUUUCUGGGAAAAAUACCGCUUUCCGUGGCCGAAAUUAGAGGUAUUUUGAAAAUCAAAAAGUGCAAAAACUCACGAACUUUGCUAAUGUAUCAGUUAGUUUCCGAGCUUAUUGUCCUUUUCAAGGUUCAAGGUAAAGACAGAAUGAGAAAGUUCCUCACGGCUUAUGCCAUGAGUCAAAUUUACUCACAGGGAUCUUCUCCUUAUUGUGCAGUUAUUCUUAUAGAUUUUGCACAAUCACUUGUCAACGAACACACAACGUCAGGAAUGCUCAAAGCAAAAGAACUCAGUGUUGUUAUGUUAUCAUUAGUUAAUAGAGCACCAGAAAUAUCUUUGUCAUAUGUUCAAUCUAUUUAUGAAUACUAUUUCAGUUGCCAUGCAGUAUUGUUUGAAUCAAUUGAAAAAAUGCUGGAUCUUAUAAAUCCCGGUAAUGCGAGUUCGGAUUGCACAAGACUGUCUUUUUAUUCAUCUUUUCAUUUGAUGGUUCAUGUUUCCAAAAUAUUCUUUUCGUGCAUGAAUGGAGAAGGGUUAAAAAUGUUCUCAGCAUCCAGGGCCAAAUCAUAUUUACUAGGGGAUUCUCAUACGACUGAAAUGGAUAAUUUUUUGUAUGAUAGUGAAAUGUUACUUUGUGGGCAUUCAAAAUUGAAUGAAUUUAUGAUCAAAUAUCAGUCCUUCAACCAAACUUCUGUUGGUAAAUUUUGUUAUUAUUUAAUUGUGUUAUGUGUAAUGGCACGCGACAAAAGAUUUGACGACGCUGCCAGUUUGAUUUUACAAGUUGUGGAAGAUCUACUGGAAUCAUUGCCCGUGUCUUUUUUGCACCAUCAAUAUUACUUAAUUUGUGGUAAAGUGUUUGCUUAUCGUCAGACAAAAAUGCCAGAAAGUGAUGAACAAGUGGAGCAUAUUUUGGAACGUCAAUUUGUGCGGUAUGAAUUAUGGGCGCUGACUAAUGAGUCCAUACUUCUUCCGAGGUACUUGUUGUUAAAUGCGUAUAAACAGAUUAGAGAAAAUAACGUUGACAAGUUGGAAAUAUUAGAUUCCUUUGAGGAGGCAUUGCAAACGACUCAAAGAUACCACAAUGUAUACGAUAUGUGUUGGAUUAAUUUUGAAUGCGCAAGGUGGUUAAUUAACAUAAAACAGAAAAGGCACAGAAUCUCAAGAAUGGUUAAACAAGGUCUUAAAAUUAUGAGAAGCUUAGAAUUGAAAAAUCAUUUGAGAUUGUCUGAAAUUGAGUUUGGUGAAUACAUCGAGGACGAACAUCAGAAAAAUAAAUGGGCAGGGUUGACUGAUAAUCUAGUAUUGGAUAGUGUAGCUACCUCGCAACAACAAAAUAUGGAGAGUAGGUUAUCUUCCAAUGAUGACAAGCAAUCUGUUCGGGGAAAACAUUAUACUAAAAAAGAGCUUGACAACCAUUUGCUUAGAUUGCACCUUGAUGGCCACGGAACAAGUAUAGAUUUGAAUUCUGCAAUUUGUGAAUGUCUAGCUAUAUCGGAAGCCCUAGACGAAAAUUCGAUUCUCACCAAGUUGAUGGCAUCAGCCAUUAAAUAUUCAGGUGCCACAUACGGAGUAAUAGUUACCAAGAAAAACCAAGAAACGCCUUUUCUUAGAACAAUUGGAUCGCAGCAAAAUAUUCACACAUUAAACAAUAUACCAAUUUCUGACGACAUUUGCCCCACUCAAUUGAUUCGUCACGUAUUGCACACAGGGGAAACGGUGAACAAGGCUCAUGACCAUAUAGGGUUUGCCAAUAACUUUGGAAACGAGUAUUUUCAAGCAACGGACAAAAAAUACUCAGUUGUGUGCUUGCCAUUGAAGAGUCAGCUUGGAUUCUUCGGAGCAAUUUAUUUAGAGGCUGGUGAAGGUAGUUUUGGACAUGAAGAUUUGUUCAAUGAACGAAAGUGUGAUUUGUUGCAACUUUUUUGCACACAAGCAGCUGUGGCUUUGGGCAAGGAGCGUUUACUUUUACAGAUGGAGGUAGCAAAAAUGGCAGCAGAAGACGCCACUGAUGAAAAGGCUAGUUUUUUGGCGAACAUGUCGCAUGAAAUACGAACUCCGUUCAAUUCUUUAUUGUCAUUUGCUAUAUUUUUAUUAGACACUAAAUUGGAUUCUACUCAAAGAGAAUAUGUCGAGGCAAUUCAGAGCUCAGCAAUGAUUACAUUGAAUAUUAUUGAUGGGAUUCUUGCAUUUUCAAAAAUUGAGCAUGGGUCAUUUACAUUAGAAAAUGCUCCAUUUUCUUUAAAUGAUUGCAUUGAAACCGCUAUUCAAGUAAGUGGGGAAACGGUUUUAAAUGACCAGAUUGAGUUGGUGUUUUGUAACAAUUGCCCAGAGAUUGAAUUUGUGGUUGGUGACCUCACGAGGUUUAGACAGAUUAUAAUCAAUUUAGUGGGCAAUGCUAUAAAGUUUACGACAAAAGGUCAUGUCUUGAUCUCCUGUGAUAGCCGAAAACUUACAGAAGAAAGGGUUGAAAUUAAUGUGUCUGUUCAAGAUUCUGGUAUUGGAAUCCCAAAGAAAUCUCAAAAUAAGGUGUUUGGAGCUUUUUCACAAGUGGAUGGGUCUGCCAGAAGACAGUAUGGAGGCUCUGGAUUAGGGUUAGCGAUAUCAAAGAAAUUGACUGAGUUAAUGGGUGGUACUAUUAGAUUUGAAAGUGAGGAAGGGAUUGGUACAACAUUCUUUGUUAGCGUCAUUAUGGACGCAAAAGUGUACUCAACCCCGCCAUUCAGUUCAAAUAAAAAGUGCUUGAUCUACAGCAAGCAUCGUCUUACUGCCAAGUCAAUUGCAAAGAUACUUAAGUAUUUUGGAUUGACAGUUGAAGUCACUAAUGACAAAUCAGACUUUUUAGCUUCCGUUGCAUCUAAUGAUAUCGUUUUUAUUGAUCGUGGAAUGGAAACUAAUGCCAGUGGCGCAGCUAAAGUUAUCCCUAUUGAUGCAAAACCUUUUAAAAGGAACAAACUCAUUAGUAUCCUCAAAGAACAACCGAGUUCACCUGCAAAAGUGCAUGGGACUAACGAAUUUGAUUUAUCAAAAAAAUAUCCCUUAAGAAUACUACUAGCAGAAGACAAUCUUUUGAAUUAUAAAGUAUGUUUGAAGCAUUUGGAUAAAUUGGGUUACAAGGCAGAUCAUGCAAAGGAUGGAGUAAUAGUUUUGGAUAAAUGCAAAGAAUUACUAGAAAAAAAUGAAAAAUAUGAUGUCAUCUUGAUGGAUAUUCAAAUGCCUCGUAAGGAUGGUAUUACUGCUACAAGGGAUUUGAAGACAUUAUUUCACACGUACCAAAAGGAAAGCUGGUUACCGGUGAUCGUUGCAUUGACAGCUAAUGUUGCUGGAGAUGACAAAAAGAAGUGUUUAGAGGAGGGAAUGUUUGAUUUUAUUACCAAGCCCAUUUUACCGAAAGAGCUUAGGCGUAUUCUAACAAAGGUGGGUGAAUCUGUGAAUAUAUAA